GACGGAGAAGAAGAAAAAGAGCAGGCCACGACCGGACACAACGCAGAGGACAAAGGAAAAGACAAAAUGGAUGAGGAUCACGAGGGCGAAGAGGACCCGAGGCCGUCAUCUUCGGGCGAAGAAGUGGUCAUGACGGAGUUCAUCCCGCGGCCACUCUUCGUGACGCGAACCCACCACGGCGUGCCAACAACCGCCUCUCUGCCAUCUCUGGCCUGCGUGUCGCUGCGCAUGGUGGACCGCGGCGUGCCGCACUACAACGCUCUCGUCUGCCUCCCCACCGAGCAUGACCUCGCUCUCUACCAGGCUCGUUGUCUGCACCGCCGCGGUAGUCAUCGCUUCGCGCGCAAGGCCACCGUCCGACCGGCGCGACAGGAACCUGGCGACCCUGACGACGAGGAAGAGGCGCUUGACAACGACGACGAGAAGGGUCCUCUGGCUUCGCUCCACCAACAUGGCGAGAGGGAGGUGAUUGGCUUCGUAACGGCGGGCGACUACUCCUACAUUCGCGGCAGCGGUUCGGCGUUGGGUUUUUGCGCGUCGGCUGCGCUCUCCGCCCACUGGCCGCCAGUGUUGCUGGUGCGCAACACCUCGUCGCCCUUCUACUUCCCGGCCACGUACUCUCUCUUGUCUUCCACCUCCACCUCCUCCUAG